AGCCGCACUGCACCUUAAGAGUUUAAGUAUCAAGACCUCUAGUUCUUCUUCUUUAGUGGCAUCAGUGUAGAGGAUGUGGAUAAUAGUGAGAAAACCUGCAGCUUUAGAAUGAUUUCACAGAAAAAACGAGAUAAAGGGACUUGAACUGCAUUUACAUGUUGAAGGAUCCCUUUUAAUGGGUAAAAUGUGCAUUCUUGUGAGUGUACAUAAUAGAGAAAACAGUCUAAAUGCCAGAUUAGGAUUAAUUCCAAUUCUUUCUUUACUUCACUUUCUUCAGAGGAGUCAUCUUCUGACUACCUCCCCUGGUGAGGAGUGGUGGUGUGGUCCACGGGGAACUCAUCAUCACUUUAAAACGCGCCAGAGACUUGGCACAAAAGAAGCUCUCGCGGGCGAACCCAGACGCAAAGCGACCGUCUCUUAUUUCAACGGAGGAAACGCGUUUUGCACCUCGUCGAAGUCAGACAAAAACGUUGGACUUUGGGUUGAAGAAACUUACUUUUUGCGGCACCUGACGCGACGCUGUUCGCCCGGAGGAACUCUGCGGUGAUGUGGACCUCCUCAUUACGCAGCAAGUCGAUGUUUGCCUGUAGAGCUGCACUUUAAAAAAAACCGUAUCAUUUGGCGGUUUCUUGCUGUUAUUUUUCCACAUAACGCUAAAGUUUUAUUGGGAGUUUAAUGUGCGACUUUCUCAUAUGAGUCGCGUGUCUGUUUAGCUGAUUAACCCUCAAGGAAACAUGAACGUCUCCUUCUUCAACGUGACACAGGGCGUGCUGUUCAACGGCAGUCAGACUCUGGCCGGGACUCUGGCGACGUACUCCGGCAACGGCACCGACCUCACGGUGACCGGCGACGGUGGAGGGUCUCUGGUGCUGGUGCAGGACGAGCGCAAACUCUUCGUCAUGCGUGUGGUUCAAAUCGCGGUGCUGUGCGUGUUGUCACUCACCGUCGUGUUCGGUAUUUUUUUCCUGGGGUGCAACCUGAUGAUCAAAUCGGAGAGCAUGAUUAACUUCCUGGUGAAGGACCGGAGACCCUCCAAAGACGUGGAGACGGUGAUGAUCGGACUCAGCUAGAGCACGCAGAGUUGGCACCGCGGAGGACCUGGAGCGGAGUUUCGGCGCAAGAUCUGCAUCUGCAUGUAUUUCUCCAAGACGCCCUCCCUGUUGUCCUAGUGAGGGAAUAUAUGCAAAGACUUCUCAUUUCCUUCAACAACAAAAAAAAGGCUACAGCAGCCAGCGACCAAUGUUCAUGCGUAAAGUUUGUGCGUAAAACAAAACAAAAGCGGGAAUUGUUUACAAAUGGGCUUGUUGAAUCUUUUGAGUGAAUGUAAUGUUGCCAACUUGAACAAAGUGAUGAUAAUGUUUACAAUCUGUUACCUCAUUUUUAUUGGUUAGACUUUCUUUUCUCCACUUUUUGGUAAAGUUGAAAAUGUUUGUAACUGAACGCUUUUAAAAACCGUUGAACCGCAUGAUUGUGUAUUUCUUUCCACGCCUGCCAGUGUAAUAUAUAUGGACGUGAUGGACAUGUGGGUAUUCUAGAAUCGUUUUUCCUAGUCUAGUUUGGUAAAUAUUCUCUGAAUAUUGAAAUCUUGCACGAUCAUCCACGGACUCUGUUUCCGUGUACAUGAGAGGAUUUGAUCCCUUUGGCAUGCUCGCUCAUUGAUCUGUGAAGUGAUUUCUGGAACUGUUUUGCACUUUUGAAAUCACCGAUGCUGCAUGAAUUAUUUUGUACCAAAACAACAGAAUAUGAACUUGAAAUUGCAGUAUGCAAUUAAAUGAUGAAAUUACCACAUGAA